UUACAUUAUGGGUUGAGAAUAUGUUUUGCAGGACAACGAAUGAAGAUUGAUUCGGUAGACGCCAACUUCGAGUAGAAGUUAUGUUUUAUGUGAUAGGAUUAGGUCUAGGUGACGCUAAGGAUGUCACUGUCAAAGGCCUCGAAAUUAUUAGGAAAUGCGACCGCGUCUAUUUGGAGUCUUAUACCUCUGUUUUGACAGUACAGCAGGAAACCUUGGAAGAAUUCUAUGGAUGUUCCUUGAUAGCAGCUGACCGUGAGCUAGUGGAGAAUUGUGCAGAUGAGAUACUGCCAAACAGAAAAGAUGAAGAUGUUGCUUUUCUGGUUGUAGGAGAUCCUUUCGGAGCUACUACGCACACAGAUCUGGUUCUACGUGCAAAGGAGAAAGAUAUACAGGUGAAAGUCAUACAUAAUUCGUCAAUACUAACUGCAGUUGGUUGCUGUGGCUUGCAACUAUAUUCAUAUGGAGAAAUUGUUUCAAUUCCAUACUGGAUGGACACUUGGCGACCUGACAGUUUUUAUGAGAAGAUAGCUUCCAAUAGACAGAGAGGGCUGCAUACACUCUGUCUCUUAGACAUUAAAGUUAAAGAGCCUACCUUAGAAAGUAUCAUGAAGAAAAAAAAAGAGUAUAUGUCUCCAAAAUUCAUGAGUGUCAAUGAAGCUGCUAGUCAGUUAAUAGCGAUACUUGAUAAUAAGAUUCAGGAUGGCCACAAAGAUUUAGCGUUCACACAGCAGAGCUUGAUAGUAGGCUUAGCACGGGUAGGAUGCGAGGACCAACAUAUUGUCGCUUGUUCCUUACAAAAUAUGACGCGUGUGAACUUGGGACCACCGCUGCACUGCCUUGUUAUACCGGCUGAAAAGCUCCAUCCCCUUGAGCUGGAAUUUCUAAUACAGUACGCUCUCGACAAAGAUCAAUUCAAAGAAAUGACAGAAUCAUAACCUUUUUUUAUCCUAGAAAAGAUGGAGCCGUGUAACGGGUGAUCGAUUGCAACCGAACCAUAUCGUUUCGUAUGACCGUCACAGAAGGCAGAGAGAAAUUGGCGACC